AUGUUUUUCAUUCACACGUAUUCGUUUUUUAUUCUAGGACUACUAGUGAUGAGUUGUACACCAUGUAUACCUACAAUUCCUCCUGAAGACGUUGGUUUUGUCGAACGGGUAAUCCACCAACUUGAAUCUCUACCAGACCCACCACCAGCAGUGGUUUCAGUUCUUCCUGUUAUUCAAGUUAUCAAAAAAGAAAUCGAGAAAGCUAAUAAAAUCGUGAUAACCAAAACUGUGGAGAUUGUUGAGAAAAUACAAAAACCUGUAAAAACGGUUACUGCUGUUGUUGCCGGGUGUCAUGUAAAUCAGAUCAAGUUCACAUCUCCAGAAACGGGACGGAAGCUUGGAAAAACUAUAAUUCCACCUACUUUAACAUGCAUCAAAAAAUCACUUUAUGGAUGUGACAUCGUUCAUCUGUCAUGCAAUGUUCCCGAAAAUUCCAAAUAUCCGCUGAUUUCCGGAUUUGUGAGUCGUUCGGCAAAAAUCGAAGGAGCUGAUUGGGCAACGACUGACUUGAAAGAAACGAAAGCAGAUUUCAAUUUGGAAUGUGAUGUAUUCAAUCGCUGGACGUAUAUAUCUGAUAUUCCAGGAUUGGAAGGAAAAGUGUACCCGACAAAUGAAGUUUCUUGUUUACUAGUUCCAAUUUUAACAGAAAAUAAUCAACUUGAUUUCGAAGAAAUGCAUUAUGAUGUGUGA